AGAUAAAUAAAUAAACGUGUCCACGUGAUCCCAAUUGGUUCAAUCAUACACUCAGGUGGUUUGAUAUUUGCUUUCAUUACUCUUCAUUUACUGUUAGGACAAGGCUUUCUCCUCCAGUGAAGAGGUUCCAUCUGCAACUGAGGAGCUGCUUCUUGAUAUUGCGUAAGACUAGUAUUUGCCGUCUUCCAUAUAUUUAACUUUCUUUUUGAUUUGGGGUACCUCAAUUUCUUGCUCCAUCAUUUUUUAGCAGUUUGACUUUUUUCCAAAGAAUCCUAUCUCAAGAUUCUUGGAGCUAAGCUGUACUUUAGGUACUACAAUCAUUUUAAUUAAGUAAACUUUAAGUUGUUACCUAAAAAAAAGCGAACCUGUAAUCUUUUGAGGUGGGGUUUUCUGGAUUUGUUAGAUCUGAAGGUCUUUCUGUUGCUCUGAAUAGUAGAAAUCCUUGAGACCCAUCUUGUAAAGUUUCAAUCUUGGCUAGUAUUUUGGGGUUUGAGGAAGGUUGUGGGAACUUUCCUUUGUGGUUUCAACUUAAAAUGGAACUCCCAAAUUCUGAAAAAGAGGCCAAUAUGUAUUACAGUAGCAAUUACCUAGUAUAUGCUGUUCUGCCGUUGUUGAAACUCUUAUGUCUAACUGUUAUUGGCCUAAUUCUUGCACAUCCAAGAUCCCAAUUAGUUCCUAAAGCUACUUUUAAGCUCCUUAGCAAGCUUGUCUUUGCUCUCUUCUUGCCUUGUACCAUAUUUAUUCACCUUGGUGAGACUAUUACUGUCCAGAAUUUUGCGCGCUGGUGGUUUAUACCAGUUAAUGUACUUUUAAGUACUGCGAUCGGUUGUCUAUUGGGGUACUUGGUGGCGAAAAUUUGCAGGCCACCUCCAGAGUACUUUAGAUUCACUAUCAUCGCGACUGCUUUUGGGAACACUGGCAAUUUGCCUCUUGCCAUUGUUGGAUCAGUGUGUCAUAGUGGUGACAAUCCCUUUGGUCCAGAUUGCUACACCACUGGUGUGUCCUAUGUGUCGUUUGCCCAAUGGGUGGCGGUGCUGCUCGUUUACACUCUUGUUUACCAUAUGAUGGAGCCCCCAUUGGAGUACUUUGAUGUUGUUGAUGAGGGUGGCGAGAUUCAGGAGCCAUUACCUAGUAAUGAUCUAAGUAGGCCACUUCUUGUGGAAGCUGAGUGGCCUGGUAUGGAGGAUAGAGAAACCGAGCAUUGCAAGACACCCUUUAUUGCACGGGUUUUUAACAGUGUCUCAAGCCUUUCAUAUAGUUCUAUUCCGGACCCUGAUAGUUUGGAGGAUGCGCCAGCACCGAGGAGUCCAAAAUCUAUUAGAUGUUUAGCGGAGCCCCGGAUGGUUAGAAGAAUAAGAAUUGUCGCUGAACAAACUCCAGUUCGCCAUGUUCUCCAGCCUCCAACGUUUGCUACAUUGUUGGCUUUUAUUGUUGGAAUGGUUCCGCCCAUUAAAUCUGUUGUUUAUGGUAACGAGGCUCCUCUUUCGUUCCUCACGGACAGUUUAGAAAUACUUGCUCAAGCUAUGGUGCCUUCAGUUAUGCUGAUUCUAGGAGGAAUGCUUGCUGAGGGUCCGAAUGAAUCUAGACUCGGGGUUCGAACCACUGUUGGCAUCACCAUUGCUAGACUUUUGGUCCUUCCUUUAGUCGGAACAGGAGUGGUCUAUUUUGCUGAUCAAAUGAACUUUUUAAUCCCUAACGAUCAGAUGUACCGGUUCGUGCUUUUGUUGCAGUACACCACACCAAGUGCCAUCUUGUUGGGAGCAGUUGCUAGCUUGAGAGGUUAUGCAGUCAGAGAAGCUUCAGCAAUGCUCUUCUGGCAACAUGUGUUUGCUCUCUUCUCUCUUUCUAUAUACAUUAUUAUCUACUUCAAGAUUCUGCUUUCGUAUGUCUGAGGUAUGUUUGAAACAUUCAUGUACUAUUCAUGUCAUUUUUAGCGUUUCUAUGUAAUAAGCGACGUGGCAUAGUCGUGGGCAUUUCAGUGUUUCUACUUGUUUCAGUGCAUUAUUUAAUCGACUAAUGUACUAAACUUGUAUGUCAAGGGUCUGAAAGGACCCCAUAGUUCUCCUAGUUCUGGUGUAAUUGAUUACCUAUGUCCACAAACAGUAUGUAAACAAACUACUAAUAUGUAGUGUUUGCCUUACCUUUUCUAAGUUCUGUUUGAAGCAUUA